AAAUUGCUCCUCCGUUCCUAGUGGCUCCCUUCCCUGGCCCCAACCACCUUCAGCUUCCUUUGGGGACGCACCCCCUCCUGCGAGGAGAAAAUCCCUCUCAAUAACGUAAGUCUCCCUCUUCGUGGCACCCGCAGCUUGGAACCUGCUGGAAGAGUGCGGUGAAAACGAGCAGAAACCUGCCCGCAGCUCAAAUUCGCGCUUCAGCACCAUCAGCCCUGGCCGAGCAUGUGCAGUGCCUCCUCCUUCAGCACUGGGGGCUGACUGGCAGUUGCCCAAAUGCUCAUUAAUCACAAGAAGCUCUGGGCCCCGGGCGCCCCCGGGUCUUGCGCAGAGAGUCUCGGUGGCGGAGAUAUCGGGGCCGGGAUCCUCAAGGGCCUCUGCGCUCGCAGCCAACAUCCUGCGCUCGGUGGAGAAGGGAUCGAUGGUGUUCUGGAUGCGGGUUUCCAGGGAAGAUGCUCUUCGCGGUCCCGCGCCUCCUCGGGAAGAUCGUUGAGAGCGGAGCGCGGGCGCUGGGCACGCCGGCCCCGGAACCGCGGGAGCCCGCGCCGCGCGGGUCUGCACAGCCGAGCCGCCUCCCAGCCCGCUCUCCCCAGUUUGCUUUCCUGCCGCAGUCCGGGCCCGGAUUAAUUCUCUCCACUUGGGGAUGCCUGCUCGGCCGACUGCCGCCCCGGCCCGGAGCCCUGGGCUCACUUCGCAGCCUGCUGCCGAGUUUCACACCGCAGUCCUGCUCAGCAUCCGCCGAGCUUCGCCCCCUUGCCCAAGUCUGCAGAUGGAUGGAUGCGGGGCGCAGGCUUCCCCUGGGCGGGUUAACGCUGGCUCCCGCUAAAGCCCCAAACUCCCACCUCGCGCCUCCCGUUUAUCUGCCCGCCCCCACCACCACUACCGAAGGACGUGCCCCUCUGGUCGUGUCGGGGCUCCCAGCCCAAGCGAGGGGGAGGACACCUCCCUAUCCCCUCCUCCCCAUCCCCGCCGCGGCUCGGGGUUUUACUGCAGCAGCCGGAGGUGACAGCGACGCCUUCGCCUCCUCGGUUGCUCUCAGAGCCCCGGCUUCCCCUGCAUCCGGAAAGCGCCCCCUCCUGAGAGGCUGGUCCCCGGAGAAGUGCUAACGAGCUGCAGAAAACCAAAUUUAAAAAAUGUAGAAGUCGCUGGGCUGCAUUCCUCCGAGGACGAGCCUGAUCGCCCAGGACAGAGUGGCAGUGUGUGGGAAGUUGGGACCGUAGAGCAAAGGGGGGAGGGGAGUGGUGCAGCCGGCAUUCUCCUCUGGAAGCAAUCGCUGGGAGCAGUGCGGUUGGACACAAGUUUGCGCGGGAGUGUUUUCCUUUUGUCAAUAAUUAAUCACCGGAAUCGGUCUGGCAGAACUGGAGUUUUAGCAAUAGUGCAGAGGGCGGGGCCGAACACCUAACUCCAGGAGGCUCUGAGGCGCCCGGCGCAGUGGGAAGCUCGCAGCAGCUGGGGAGGAGCCAAAGCCUGGGUGCUCACCUAAGCCGCAGGGAGAUACACCCAACCGGGAGAUGAAGAAACAGCAACCCAGAGAAGAGGAGUAACCCACACAGGAUCAUUCCACAGAGGGACAAGGACAAGAACCCGGCUCUGGACCCUCCUCGGCAGGAUUCCAUCCAGGAUAACACAUUAUAUCUAGUUGUCAUGUUUCCAUAGGCUCCUUUGAGCUGUGACAGGUUUUCACAUUUUGCUCGCUUCUGAUGACCUUGAGAGUUUUAAAGAGUACUGAUCAGGUGGAGGAGGGCUGCAAGAUCAAGCCUCUGCAAUUUCCACAAGGUGUACAACACAGUGAUUCAACGCACUCACCAGUGCUCAGCACGGACAGACUUUCUGCAGCUUGAAGGAGCCAACAAUGGAUUUCAAGCGUGUGAAGGACUAUUUCUCCUGGCUCUACUAUCAAUACCAAAUCAUUAGCUGCUGUGCUGUCUUGGAGCCCUGGGAGCAAUCCAUGUUCAAUACCAUCUUACUGACCAUUUUUGCUAUGGUGGUGUACACCGCCUAUGUUUUUAUCCCAAUCCACAUUCGUCUGGCUUGGGAAUUUUUCUCCAAAAUAUGUGGCUAUCACAGUACAAUUUCUAAUUGAUUCUGUUUGCAUUCUGUGAAUCAGCUUUGCCUAUGUAUAUGUUGCUUACAACUUACCGGUUUACGUGAAUAUGUGUCUUCUUUCAUUGUCUGAUCUGAAAAACUCUCUUGUCUAUGCACUCUUAUAUCUUGCCUGCAGUGUGGGAUAGAUGUCUUUUAGGUUUUUUUGUACAUGCUACAUGGUGCAUCAGUCCGUAUAAUGCAUACACCUUGCCUCACAUACCAACCAUAUUCUUUCAACUUAAAUCUACAACUUUAGAUUUUUUUUUUAAUCAGGAAAUUUCAUAUAAAAUUUUUCUGAAAAGUAGGCUCAUAAGAGACCUACCAGAAUCAUGUUUAAAAUGGUCCCUUGAUAUUUAUUCUGUACUAAAGGGUAUAUUUUUUAAAAAAAAAUUUGUUCAUAAGCUCCUGUCAAGAGUAUCCUAUCCUUGUUUACACAUAUAAAAAGGUGUGAAUAAAUUAUAUGGGCCCCCUAAAGUCUUAUUUUCUAGCAAACUGCUGAUACCUAAAAUUCUUUUACUUCAAGUGCAAAAGAAUAGGCGGGAGGCAAUUAUCUCUUUUCAGAAUGGUUCAUAAAUUAUUUCAAACGCCUCUAAAAGUCUGGCGUUAUAAGAGUUUAAAAUCAACAACGUUGAUUUUAGAUAACCCAGUAAGUAUUAUAAUACAAAAAAUAUUAAGUGUAAAGAACAAAAUAUAAUCAAAGUAAAUUCAGAUAUCAUGACUUGUGAUGCUGCCUUGCCUUGCAUGAUGCCAGGGGGAAAAAGAGAAAAGAAAUUGCUUUCUUUCUGUGAUUUCACUCAGUGGAGGAGGGUGGGGGGAAGCACGUAUUGGGCUACAGGAAGAAAAGCUAAUAAAUAGGCUGGAAGUAAUAUUCUACCAGCAGGAACUCGACAGCUCCAGUUAAAUGCUUUGAUACAGUGGCUCUUUUGCAGAGCAAAAACAAGAUUUAUUAAAUUUCCUUCAAAGUGUUUAUCUUAAAACAAAUAUAAGUUUUUAAUUGUACUGCUGAAUCAAAUGUGAAUGCCAAAGACCAAACCUUACAGUUUGUCUUUCCUUUCAAUAAAUAGUAAGGUUCGUAAUUCUGAGGGUCAAAAUGUAAAUAGUUUUUGGACAGUAUUUGCACCCAUGUUUGUGUUAUGGAAAAACAUUUCCAAGGAAGGCUAGAGAGAAAGAUGUUUGGCAUGCCAAAUUAACAUGCAUGUUUGUUAAAAAAAACAAAACAAAACCAAAAACACGUGUUUUGAAGAUAAACCAGAUCUGAACCUGGACUUGUUGAUUUUUGCAAAAUA